ACGUAUCUCUGGCCUGUUGUUCCCCAGUAAAGGUCUGAAUACUUGACUCCUUCCUUCACCGCUGACUGAAGUGAUCUGUCAGUAGGUGUCGCUGUUUGUUUGUAACCCCUGCAGGCGGCUGUGCUCCGCUAGUGGGCGUCUUUCUCCUGUUGUUGUCCUGCAGAAGCGAUGUCCUCUCUUCUGAUGUAACUGCUAACCUGGAGUUUAUCAUCAUCAUCCUCAUCAGUCGCCAGUAACUCGCUGAGGCUAAAUCUCCCGUCAAUACAGUCGUGUGCUGGAUGCUGGAGGCGGUGACAUCCGUCCACAUGCGGAGGUGCCGACGAGCGGACACACACCGGGGGGAUGAACGCUGUGUUUGGAGGACAACGGGACGCAUAGCGCUCACCCACCAGCGUGGAACAUAAACACCAACAACGCUGCCACCUCAGCAGAGAGAGAAUCUUCCUACAAGCGACUGGUGCGCACACAGGGUCCUUUCUGGAGAACCGGGGGAAAAUACAGGACUGCAGACACUCAGAGCCGCAGGUGUGAAUAACAAUGACUCCCAUACUCCCUGUUUGAACAUGCUGCUUGGGUAGUGAAGCUGACUGAGAGGAGCGUCUUCCCACUUAAACACCUUCACACCCACACACACCCACACACAAGCACAACCAUGCUGAUCAAGGAGUAUCGUAUCCCCAUGCCAAUGAGUGUGGAGGAGUACCGCAUCGCUCAGCUCUACAUGAUCCAGAAAAAGAGCCGAGAGGAGAGCUGCGGCGAGGGCAGCGGGGUGGAGAUCCUGGAGAACAAGCCGUACGAGGAUGGCCCUGGGGGCCUGGGCCAGUACACUCACAAGGUCUAUCACAUUGGGAAACACAUCCCGUCCUGGUUCUGUGCCAUUCUGCCUCAAGCUGCCCUUCGAGUGGAGGAGGAGUCCUGGAACGCUUACCCCUAUACACGAACCCGGUAUACCUGUCCCUUUGUAGAGAAAUUCUCCAUUGACAUUGAGACUUAUUAUAAACCAGACACUGGAAAUCAAGGGGAUGUCUUCAAUAUGUGCUCCGCUGAAAAGAGACAGAGGACUGUAGACACCAUAGACAUUGUGAAGGACUACAUCGCUCCUCAUGAGUACCUGGUGGAGGAAGACCCCAAGCUGUACCAGUCCGUCAAGACCAAACGGGGUCCGCUGUCAGAGGACUGGAUCGAGGAGAUCAACCAGAAUCCUGGUCAGGACCCUGUCAUGUGUGCCUACAAGCUCUGCAAAGUGGAGUUCAGAUACUGGGGCAUGCAGUCCAAGAUCGAACGUUUCAUACAUGAUGUGGGUCUGCGUAAAGUGAUGGUCCGUGCCCACCGGCAGGCAUGGUGCUGGCAAGACGAGUGGUACGGCCUGACCAUCGAGGACAUCAGGCAGCUGGAGCUGGAGACCCAGCUGGCGUUGGCUAAGAAGAUGGCUCAGUACAGCCUCAGCGAGGAGGGGGGAGCGGAGACCAAUGGCUCCUCUGUCAGCCAGGACCAGGAGCCGGGAUCUGAGACCACGGGAGCCGUUGCAGAGGUCGAGGGAGGAGGAGGGAAGAUGGGGGAUUCACUGGAGACACGAGGGGAGCUCACCAAGCAGUGGUCAACAUCCUCUAGAUCCUCCAACAGGUCAUCCAAGAGAGGAGGUAGUCCGUCUCAUCAGAGCAUUUCAGAGUGGAGGAUGCAGAGCAUCGCGCGGGACUCAGAGGACAGUACAGACGAUGAGUUCUUUGAUGCUCAUGAGGACUUUUCUGACAACGAGGAGAUGUUUGCCAAGGUUAUCACCAAGUGGAGCUCCAAUGACCUGAUGGACAAGAUAGAUACAAUAGACGCGGAUGAAGCACAAGAAACUUUGUAUCAGGAGUCAGGCGGGGAGUAUGCCAUGAUGAGUAAUGAGGAGAUGCAGAUGGAGUGGGUUUUCUCAAAAAGGCAAGAACUUCAUUCCAUCAGGUUUCCCAGAAGGCCGAAUGAUUGUUCGUCUCAACAGUGUCUCGAGACUUGCAAAAGUCACGUCCUCGUUCUGGUCCUGCACGGGGGAAACAUCCUGGACACUGGGUCUGGUGAACAGAACAGCAAGCAGGGGGAUGUAAACACGCUUAGUGGGGCUUUUGAGAAUGUGAUGAGGGUCCAUUACCCUGCAGCGCUGGGCCGCAUCGCCAUCCGGAUGGUCCCCUGCCCUGCUGUGUGUGUUGACGCAUUCUCACUAGUCUCCAACUUGAGCCCCUAUAGCUACGACGAGAGCUGCCUGUCCAGCAGUCAGGACCACAUCCCACUGGCUGCUCUGCCUCUUUUGGCUACAUCUGCACCACAGUAUCAAGACGCUGUAGCCACCGUCAUCUUACGUGCCAAUCAGGUCUAUAGCGACUUCAUCAAGUCUUCAGAAGGGGCAUCUUUUAAUGGCCAGGUGUGUGUCAUUGGGGACUGUGUCGGCAGCAUCCUUGGAUUUGAUGCUCUGUGCAGCAGCUCGGUGACAGUGUCAGAAAGUCAGAGUAGCAGCAGACGGGGCAGCGCCAUCAGUGUGCAGGACACAGACCUUCUCUCUCCGGGUAUUGUCAUAAACAGCGUCUCUCAAUGCUCACCAUCGCUCGAGGGAAGCCGCCAUCUCAGCCGCAGCAACAUCGACAUCCCUCGCUGCUCAGGGCCCGAUGACCCCAAGAAACAACUUCCGCGAAAGCGCAGCGACUCGUCCACAUACGAGCUGGACACCAUCAAACACCACCAAGCCUUCCUGUCUAGUCUACACUCCCGUGUGCUACACGCGGAGCCGGGAUCACGGCGCUCCAGCAACAGCACAAUGUUGGAGGGCGGCUCCUUGGGAAAGUUCGACUUCGAGGUGACCGACUUCUUCCUCUUCGGCUCUCCCCUGGGGUUGGUGCUUGCACUAAGGAAGACUGUGGUGCCCUCGUUAGAUGUCUCGUCUCUGCAUCCAGCCUGUCAGCAGGUUUACAACCUGUUUCACCCAGCCGACCCCUCUGCCUCGCGCCUCGAGCCUCUCCUGGACAAGAGGUUCUAUCUGCUGCCUCCCCUCAGUGUCCCCCGCUAUCAGCGCUUUCCACUGGGUGAUGGACACUCAGCUCUAUUGGUGGAGACCGUGCAGAGUAACCCACAUCUUUUGAUGGAGUCUGGUGGUGCGGGACCCCAGCAUUGCCAGGACAGCACCGUCAUCGAGACCUCCAUCCCUGUGCCAGUCCGCAACUGGCAAACCUCACAGCUCCACACAGAGAUGGAUGCUCUUCACUCACAUCAUUUUGUUGAUGGCCAGUAUCCAUUGUCCACGUCACCAGGGGUCCCUCACCUACGCUGCAACCGCAGGGCCAGCGAGGCCAGCAUAGCCAGCCAGGUGUCAGGCUUAGCCGACACUUACACUGCUUCCAACAUUGCCACGACACACAAAGUGAGCCACACUAAAAGGCCCAGUCUGCUGUCCCACCUGGCUCUGCCCUACAAUAAAUUUGCCUCUCGGAGCUCGUCCCGCCGAUUGCGCAACAAAAUCCGUCAGGUGUUCCCGAGACCCAAUGGUGUGGAGUCUGAGCAGAGCUCGGACCUUAGCUCGGACCUGACCUCUGAUAUGACCUCUGACUUCAUCGAUGUCACAUCUAACAUCACAGACAUCAGCUCUGCCCCCCCAUCACCCGGGGUGCUAAAGAACAUGGAGCAAGUUGCAUCUCGGUGGUGGGGCAGCAAGAGGAUGGACUAUGCCUUGUACUGUCCUGAUGCCCUGACAGCCUUUCCUACAGUGGCUCUGCCUCAUCUCUUUCAUGCCUCCUACUGGGAGUCUACAGAUGUUGUCUCCUUUCUACUUAGACAGGUGAUGAGGCACGAGAACUCCAGUAUUUUGGAGCUGAAUGGUAAAGAAGUGUCUGAAUUCACUCCAUCCAAACCUCGUGAGAAGUGGUUCCGCAAGAGGACUCAUGUUAAAAUUAGAAAUGUGACAGCUAACCAUCGUGUAAAUGAUGCUGUGUUCGCGGAGGACGGAGCCCAGAUGGUGAUGGGACGUUUCAUGUACGGCCCUCUGGACAUGGUUACCCUCACUGGAGAGAAGAUUGACAUCCACAUCAUGACCCAGCCUCCCUCCGGAGAGUGGGUGUACUUUGAUACAGAGCUCACUAACAGCAGUGGACGUGUCUCUUAUGUAAUCCCUGAGAGCAAAAGGCUGGGUAUUGGUGUGUAUCCUGUCAAAAUGGUGGUCAGGGGUGACCACACAUUUGCAGACAGCUAUAUAACUAUUUUACCACGGGGAACAGAGUUUGUUGUGUUCAGUAUUGACGGGUCGUUUGCUGCCAGUGUGUCUAUCAUGGGCAGUGACCCAAAAGUUCGAGCUGGAGCUGUGGAUGUGGUGAGGUACUGGCAGGACUUGGGGUAUUUGAUAGUGUAUGUAACCGGCCGUCCUGACAUGCAAAAGCAGCGCGUGGUGGCCUGGCUCUCUCAGCAUAACUUUCCUCACGGCAUUGUCUCCUUCUGCGAUGGGCUGGUUCACGACCCCCUCCGACACAAGGCCAACUUCCUCAAAUACCUCAUCAACAAGGCCCACAUGAGGAUCUUUGCAGCCUACGGCUCCACCAAGGAUAUCUCGGUAUACACGUCUGUCGGCCUGCCUCCGUUUCAUAUCUACAUUGUGGGAAGACCCACAAAGAAAAUGCAGAACCAGUGUCAGUUCAUUUCAGACGGCUACGCUUCCCACCUCUCCCAGCUAGAGUACAACCAGAGGUCUCGUCCUGCUAAGUCCGCCAGCACCCGCAUGGUCCUCCGCAAGGGCAGCUUUGGCCUGGGUGCAGCCGGAGGAGAAUUCCUCCGUAAGCGCAACCACAUCUUUCGCACUAUCUCCUCUCAGCCCGGAGGAGUGGGGUCGGCCUCCCCCAACCAGCCAGGCAGGACUGAGCGUACACAGAGCCAGUGUGAGAUGGAGCGCGAAAGAGGGGUAACCACAGCAACCCAGAGAAGUAUGAGUAUAGCUGCUGGGUGCUGGGGCCGCAGCGGGAGCACCAAGGAGGGCAGUGGAGGGUUACUCAGCCCUAAAUGAUUCGGAUAAGGAGCCGCUGUGUCAAAGGACCUGGCCUGAUCCACCAUGAUCUCUGGAAAGGGACAAGGUUGGAUGAAGAAAGCAAGUGGAUGGAGAGGUUGUAUUUUAGAAAUGAUAGAUAAGUGAAGGAUAUAGUGUAAAGAACACACUUGAUUGGAUCAGGACAGGACAGGGAAGGAGAGAUAGUGAGGGAUCUAUUAAGGAGGACUGGACUAAUCGGGCCAAGUCGGAUCCAGCAAACAAAAGAAAGAAUUCUGUAGCAUGACUCUUUUACAGUAAUACUUUUUAUAGGGUACAUCAAUGACUGUUUUAAAAAAAAUGACAAGGAAGAAUUAAGAGAAAUUUUGUAAGCCUUAAACUAAUCUCGUAUAACGCGAGCCCCCAACCCUUUCUGAACACACACAUGCCCAAGGAUUCACACUCAUGAGCUCAGGACGAACUGCAGAGCCAGAUUCAUCUUCAAACAGUCAAGCUCGGGUUUUGGCAACCAUUGCAAAGAGCCAAUGACUUUCACCUCGGUUUCUGUCCAACUGUCAGCUGAGCGACAUGUUUCAAACACUGGCAAUAAGUAUGUCAAGAGAAGCCUUGCAGUGCAAAGAAAGAAAGAAAAGAUACAAGGAAAGAAGAGGGAUGGGAAAUGAAGAUUAGGUCUCCCAAAGUACAAAAUAUGUACAAAGGGAAAUAUAUACAUAUAUUCCCUUUGGAAUUUUGUGGCUUAGGUUUUGUUUGUCCACAAUGUGAAAUAUCUGUCUCUGCCAUCUUUGAUUUUCAGUGAAACUACUUUCUCCUGAAGAAAUAAUCUCAUUGAAAGCAGGAUUAUUUUUGGCCACUUGGGGGCAGCAGAAAAGCUGUAAACACAACACUGACAUUGAGCUUGACAUAAAAAAGAACACCAUUAAAAUCAACCAGAAAUGUUGUUUUUCCAGGAUAGCCCUGGAAGUCUGGAUAACCACUCACUCGUACUGUCCACAAUGUUUGAUUGUUUGAUAUCUAAUCUAAAUAAUCCUAUUAGUAAAAUAAAAUAAAAAUACUAAUUAUGUGGAAAAAAUAAUAGAAAUAGCCUACCUCUUUGUAUAACGCAGUACAGUUCAGAAGCACCACAAUAUGAUCACACAGGCAAAUCAAUAAAACUGAACAAACUGAACAUUUUACCUACAUGAUUUACUUUUGUAUUACACAACAUUAUGCAUAACUUCCAAAUGAGUGCUCCUCCCCGAAAGUUUUUCUCCCUUUCACCAAAAAUGAUGAAAUUAAAAACAUAACAAUACAAAGAAAAAACACCACCAAGUCAUUUGACCCAUUGUUAACACAAACAUGUUGAUCAAUUCAGCUUCAAAUGUAUUUUUUAGUGAGCAACACAAAGAAAAGUAAAUUUGUACUGGGUGAAACGCAGAGACUGGUAUCUCAAAACCUUGGCACAUAAAAUAAAAAGUGCCUGAGAUACCACAAAAUGUGUUGUUGUUUUAUUAUAAUUUGGGUGAGAGCAGAUAUAUAUAUACAUAUAUGUAUAUAUAUAUUCAUCUAUGUAUACAUAUAUAUUUGUACACCAUGUGUGUGUGCGACUCUGUAGUAUUAUUCCCUUUCAGCGUUGCCUAUGGGCUGUCCAAGGCCUUAAUAUCCAACGAGACACUUUUACUCCACAAAUGGACCAGGACGCAGAAAAACAGGGCAUGCAGCAUUAAAGCAACAAGUGAAACUCUGUACAGUCCACAGCAACAAUCCCUUUAUAUAUCCAUCUGCUUGCAAUACCUCUGAUCUGCCUGCGAAUGGAGUUCUGUUUCCCACUUGCUGCUGCUGGUAGACACCCGUGUGGUGAUCCCCCGGCUUUUUGCUCUUUUUGCAUUGUGAACAGGAUGGACCUGGUGUUUCUGCUCAGGUGCCUGUUUUAACUCAGGCUGGACGCUUGGUGUGGGCGGAGGCAGGAUUUCCACUCGCAUAGACUUGUGAAUCAUUUCAUUAUUUUUACCAAACGGAUCGAAGAGUGGGCUGCAAGUGAUUCAGCUUGAUUGUCGAAAAUGGCUCAAACGUGAUUUUGUUGCUUCUGUCUACUGAGCUGUACGGUGUAUUUUCAUUCACAGGGGAGAAGAAGAAGCUCAACACAUCUCUGAUCCAAAUCAAUAAAACACAAAGUACAAAGUAGUCAGAUUUUCCACCCAUGCCACCCUUGUUCAAUAAAGGAUUUGUUGAAAACAAUGGUCAGAUGAAACAGAUUUUGCUUAAUGGAAUAAUUCCUCCUGUUCAUACUGUUUCAAUGCAACUGAUGAAAAUCCACAGUCUUUUUUUAGUGCAUUGAAAACUUAUUUUAUGAGCUUCAGAUAAACUUUAAGUACAUUUUUGCACUGAGAGAGGAUUGUGUUUGUCCCACAUCUCUUCAGUCCACACAGGAAACGCUUGAGGAAUCGAUCACCUCCAAGCAGGAUUGAUUAAAGCUAGUAAAGUCUGUUUCAGCGUUCAGACCAAUGACUGUAAAUAAAGAAGGAGGUCACGUUCACAAUAACCCUGAUAUGGGAGCAGCCAUCUUGUGCUGGUGACAUCAUUUGGAGCCAGAGUCUACGGAUUGGAGCCGUGGUAUCGAGGUCCUACCAAAUUCAUCUCCCCUACCAAUCACAAGUCAGUCUCAGCAAGUAACAAGUUAAAGCCCAACUUAUUAGAAACAUGAACACGAACAUACAUCAGUGUGAUAAGAACUACUAAAAGGAUAAACAUGGAGGUGACAGGGUUUAUGACCCAAACUGCAGCCACCAGGGGUGAUCAACGUGUUGGUAGGGAGCUGUCAUCUCAUCCAUCUUUAUAUACAGUCAUUGGUUCAAACAACCACUUGACUAGUGUUUAGGACAGGCAGAAAAAUGGUGAUGCUAUCUUUUAAACCCAUUAAAGCUAAUGUGAGCGGUUUCCCACUUUCCUUUAAGUCUAUUCUGUUGUUUAAUGGCCAGAUUCCACACUGCACAAGAGUGUGUCUGUUUCCACGUUCUGUCUUCAACCCAACACAAAAGCUAAUACUGUCGUGAAUCUACUGUGUAACCUCAUUGUUGGUUUUUUUUGCACUAGUUUACAGUGGAAAUGUAUUGUAGUUACCAUCUCGUGUUGCUAUAUUUGAACACAUCUGUGACUCUUUUAAAAAUUUAUUUCAGGGUAAACUGCACGUGCAGGUCAGCACACAACUGUAUGUUUUGUCAGGAUAUGACAACGAUGCAAGGAAAUGUGCCAAAUGGUGAACAGCCUCAUUUUUAGAUAUAUGGGGUUUUCAAGUUUUGACUCUGAGACAACCUGAAAUUAGUAGGAACUAGGUCUAUCACUAUCACUGCCUCAAGUCCGUUUGAAAACCCCUUGAUGUCGACUGUAUCGAAGCUCUCAUUUACAGCCAGAGGGGGAGAUUGUAUAUGUACUGAGAGCAUCUGGAUUUGGUGUUUUUUGGUGACCACAUCUUUUUAAUUUGAUUCUGUCCAUGUCUGAGAAAGAAAACUAUCUUUAACAGAUAAAUUAGUCUGUCUUUUAAGCCUUUAACAGAGGGCAGAGGCCAAUUGAGUCUCUGUAAGCCUGGAUAAUAAGCUGUUGUGCUGUGGGUUAGAUGGUCAGUUUUUAGACACCAACACAUUGUUCCCCUUUGGCCAUUUGGCUGCUGAGUUAAAUGUUUCCCCAAUUGGAUCCCGAGUCUGUUCCGGGACCAUGUACGUGUCCGUGUACAUAGUGUAAAGAUGUAUAUGUAGGACCUAUAUGGUUGAGAGUUAUUUAUUUACCUAAAGAUCAUGAUGUUGAUUAUGGAAAAUUUCAGUGAAAUGUAUUUAAAAAUAUGUAGCAUUUUUUUUUGUCACUUUGGCAUUAAGGCUAUGGACCAACACGGGAAGGUUUUUGCUUUUACCAGUGCAAUAUUAUUGUUCCAGUCACAACCACCCAAAUCACACACUCACCCACACCCGAAAAGGUUUUCGAGUUACAGCUGACUUCUGCUGUCUCUGUACAACAUCUGCUGAGGGUUUUAUAGGACUUACUGUACCAAUUUUCAAACUGGAGUAUUUUACAGAACCUUUCAGAUAUAACUGGGGGCUGGUUUUCUAGUCAGUGGUGGGUGCAUGGAAAAAGAUAAAAUCCCAUAAUUAAAGCAUCUCUAUUUAACAAGAUGUUGCAUGUCGUCCAGUCAGAUUGGAACUACGUAACUGCCAUGCUUAAAAAUAAUAAACCAGUUAUGCUGUCCUCUACUUCCUCACUGUUUAAUGAAAUAUAUGUGUAUAUUGUUAUGAUAUAUAUAUAUCAAAACAUCUUGCUGGUCAUAUUUGAGAUUAUUGCAAUUAUUGCCACCUUUGUGUGAAAAUAAAAACAGGCCUCUGCAGCUCUG